AUUUAGUUACUAAAUGGGUACAACGAAUGUCUUUUUUAUGCCAGAGACGCCGGCCUUAAAUGCGAAAUUCUCAAACACAGAAAAAUUAAGACACUAUGAUAUAUUACGAUAAUUAACGUUAACCUUCCGGGUACGGACUCGACAGAAUCUCACAGUAUUGUAUUUGUAUUGCAAAUAUAUAUUUAUUAAAUGGGAGAUGAACAGGAAAGAAGAAGGUUGUGGUUUGAGUUGUAUGGUGAUAUGGUACCAGAAAAAAUUGUUGACACAAUGAUCGGUGAGGAUGGCAAGCGUUAUUAUAAAGUCCAAUGGGCAUCUACUACAAUUGAGUCUUCCAAAAAUUUUCUUGAAGCAGAGCAUCUUAUAGAAAAAUAUUGGGAUCCUGUUGAAAAAAGACUUAAGAUACCUUCAAAAGAGUGCGAUUCGACUAAUUUAAAUGAUAUCACUGGCGAUAAUAUUGAUGGUGGUGAUAGUGAUAAAAACUCAUGUGGAGACGCUAGUGGUACACAAGUUUCAUUUAACAAUUCAAGCUAUGAAAUUUAUUCAUCUAACAUAGUUAACUCUAAAUCGGAUCAAUCCAAAGAGAUAGCUGAUUCUUUAAAACACACACAAUCACAUGAAGUCAUGCUAAAAGUUUUAAAUGAUUAUGAUAUUCCUGCUACUAACAGUUGCAAUGAUGAACCUGAUCCUGACUCUCAAGUUCACCCUGCUGCGUCAUUAGAUACUAUAGUUAUUUCAACAUUACCUGUUAAAACAAUAAAUGAUGCGUGUUUUUUUCCCAGUGAAAAGUAUGACACUACUGAUUACAAUUUAUCUUCCACAGAUAAAGAUAAGGUUGCAGAAAAUAACGAUUAUAGUUCAAAAUCAAAUGAAACUAAUUUCGAAAAAGUAUUGAACAAAAAUCUCAAAAGACAUAUAAACCUUGAGGAUGAUAUUUCCAAAAAAAAGAAAAGAGAUUUAAAUUUUUGAGUGGUGAUAUAGUUGUGAUAUAUACUUAAAAAAAAUUUUUUUGCCAUCUAUAUAUUCUAUAGCAGAAUUCUUUUUUUUUUUUUGAUAAGUAUGCAAAAAUAGUUGAUUUCAUAUAAAAAGACGUAAUUUUUAUCUAAAUGUUUAUUUGUACAUAAAAAUAUCAGCCUGUUUGUUAACAAAAUCUUGUAAAUAUUAUUUUUUUCA